AUGCCGCCGAACGUCGAAAUUACCAUCCCGACAGCCACUCUGACGGGAGACUAUACGACUUACAACAUAACCGUCCGGUUGCCUCUCCGGUCGCUCGUCGUCCAGAAACGUUACUCUGAAUUCUCGACCUUCCACGAUGAUCUAGUCAACCAAGUCGGCAUUCAACCUCCUGUACCGCUCCCGAAAAAAUCAUGGAUCCAUAAUACAAAUUCAAAUGAGAAGCUGAGGGAAGAACGGCGGCAAGGUCUGGAGAAAUACCUACAAGCAAUCAACAACGCGGAAGACCAACGAUGGCGGAACACGAGCGUAUGGCGGUCGUUUUUGAAUCUGCCUAUACAGGCAUCUGCGGGCGAUAAUACCUCAUCUGCAAGGUUACAUAAAGCAGUCACUAGCCCCGGUGGCCUGGGAUCUGCGCCGAUAACGGACCCAGUGUUGUGGCUGGAUUGCCAUCGCGAAAUGAAAUCCCAUUUACACGACGCUCGGCUGCAUCUGACGAGACGAGAUCAGGCCACGACUCCUCAAAAACAACAUGAAAGCUCUGCACACGCCAAGUCGAGUUUGGCUAAGGCUGGGUCAAUGGCCACAGCACUUGAAGAGGGGUUGAAGAACCCUGGAAACGAUAAUUGGGCUGGCAGUGGUCUUGGAGAGGGCGAAAUCAGACGACGAAAGGAUCUCCUGGCAAACGCAAAGAAGGAAAAAGAUGGCCUGGAGAACUUACAUAAUGCGAUGCUGCAGAAGAGUAAAUUGGACACCGUAGUGGCCUCAAUACAGGAUAAGGAUAAACUCAUGAGUAGUGCAAAACCCCGCCUAGGCGGCCGAGUUCUUGGAAAAGAGACGGAUAAGACGCGCGAAUUGGAUAACCAGGGAGUCUUACAACUCCAGAAGCAGACUAUCGACUCUCAAGAUAAGAGUGUCCAAGAAUUACUCAAGAUCGUCUCUCGACAGAAAGAGUUGGGUAUUGCUAUAAAUCAUGAGCUGGAGGUUCAGAAUCAGCUUUUGAGCAUGGCAGAUGAGGAUGUCGAUAGGUUGCAAAACAAGAUUGAUAUCGGAAACAAACGAGUGGGCAAGAUAUCAUGA